UUGCAAGAACCAACUUCCUGGUGGUAGGGUGCCGGAUCAGCGUGGGAUAAAAAUAGAAAUCUCUGUUAAGUUUGGGAUUGGAGUUGCUGUUGGCGAUCAGGAUGAUUGACGUGCGGGCGUGGGCGGAGUACCUGGUGGAAUGGGCGGCCAAGGACCCGUACGGCUUUCUGACCACUGUCAUCCUGGCGCUUACACCCCUCUUCAUCGCCAGCGCCCUGUUGUCGUGGAAACUGGCCAAGAUGAUUGAAGUGCGCGACCGCGAACAGAAGAAGAAGCAGAAACGUCAGGAGAAUAUCGCCAAGGCCAAGAGGACCAAGAAAGACUGAGCUGUGGAGGGAGAAAGAAGAGCUACAGUACACAGCUAUGCUCAACACUCUCUUCACUUGCAACACCGCUCCCCCUCGCUUCCUAAACCCAGUCCAGUGCAGGACCACAGACCAUCAUUCCUGUCCAGUGUAGGAAGGAUUGUAGGCCCUAAAUGGUGGCCGUACAGAGCUGAGAGGGAACUGUAUAGACAGAGGAGGCUCAUUUGAUUUGAGCUAUCAGCGUGUAAACCGGGAUUGUCUGAUUAUGCUGGUGUUGCUGUACUUAGCAUUCCAUUUGUAACAAUUCCACUCCAAUGAUUUCAUAAACUACUUUGUUUUUCUCUAUUUUAAAUGACUUGUUAAAUUUCUGAAUCACUUGCUUGUUUUUAUUAAAUUAAGUUCUAAAUAUAAUAGGCUUGUAUUUCUUCAAAACAUAAUUUCCCAUAACCCUGCCUGUAUGACGCUUAAUUGAAAGCGGUUGAGUUCCAACCUGACUUGAUGCGCAGGCAUUGCACUGCAUCAACCAAUGGUUUUAUGUCAUCAACUGUUCAGUCGGGCAUAGACUGCUAUAUCAUAGUUGAUAAUUAAACACCUAUCCAAUCGUUUUGAGAUCUGGCAGGAGUCUGGUAUGGACUCGGGCAGGAACUCGACCAAUAUGUGUUCCAGGCAGUUUUCAUGCAUGGGCUUCAUUUAGUUAAAAAAAAUAUUUGGUUAAAAGGUUUGUGAUGUCAGAUGAUGGGGUGUAUAUCAUACCACAUAUGUAAAGCCAUAAAAAAAGUGUCACACUGAAAAUAUUUAAUAUAUGUAUGCCAUUUGGGCAAACAUUUUAUCCAAAUCAAUUUACAAUAGUGUGUGCAUACCUUUUUUUAUGGGUGGCCCCAGCGGGAAUCAAACCCACCAUUAUGACAUUGCUAUCACCAUGAUCUACCAACUGAGCAACACUGUACCACCUACUUGCCAGCACCUACAUCACAUCCCAGUUUCCUCAAGCCUGGUAGUUUAAUUUGCAAUCCACAAAAAAAUCAUCAAAUAUACCUUGAUUACCUACAACACAACUCAUAUACAAAGCCUUUACAGUAUAGUUGGGGAGAUAAGAAAAUGUGUCUUCCACACCCCAUGAAUGCCACCCACUAUAUCAAGUAUUCCCUGAUUCAACACGAAAGGUUUUUUCAUAUAACAGAGCUGAGAGCUCCCAUUAG